UAAACCGUCCUUUCUUUUUAUCCGUCUUUGGUUUUCCAUUUGGAGAAAGAUGGAGGAGUGGAACGAAACAUUCCUGAAUGAGACUUACAACUUCACGGAUUGCAGCCUGAGGUCUGGUCCGUUGAAGUCGCCCUAUUUCCUGGGUGUUACUUAUACGAUGUAUAGCAUCGUUUUUGCUAUAUCGCUCUUUGGAAAUGGUAUGAUCUGCUACAUCGUCAUCUCUUCGCCGAGGAUGAGGACGGUUACGAAUUUCUUCAUCAUGAAUUUGGCUAUUGGAGAUAUACUGAUCACUAUACUUUGCAUACCGUUCACGACUAUAUCGUAUUUGCUGCAGUACUGGCCCUUCAGCUUCUUCCUCUGCCCGUUCGUGAAUUACUCGCAGGGAGUCUCGGUGUUUGUGAGCGCCUACACUUUGGUGGCUAUCAGCAUCGAUCGAUACAUCGCAAUCAUGUGGCCUCUAAGACCUAGACUUUCCAAGAAGUCUUCGGCUAUUAUCAUCGCCAUCGUAUGGUUUGUGGCAACGUUCACCGUGAUACCUUCAGCCAUUACCAGUAAAGUGGACCAACCGGACGCCUGGUUCGAACAAUGCGAUUUGUAA